AUGGAGCCCCUCGUCGAGUACCGAAAGGCCGUGCAGGAGCGCCUGAACAACGCAGACGUGCUUGUCGCAAAGCUCGUCCACGAAAACGGGCUCGCUGCGCAGGAACUCGAAAACAAGCAGCAGGAGCUCGAGCUCCUGCGGUCCCGUCUCGACGAGCGCGACGACCGUCUGCGACAAGCCGACAAGGCGCGUGCCGCCGCUGUCGAGGAGCUCGACAUCGCGCGAGACCUUUUCGAGCACCUGUGCGGCGUGCGUGUACACAAGUCCUACGAGGACGACUCCGGCCUGUGGUUCGACACCUCUCAGGGCGGCAAAUGCGGCGUGAUGGACUACAAGCUGGGCUUCGUGCGCGGCGACGCGGACAAGACUGAAGUCAUCUACGUCCCGCUGCUGAAGCAGCGGUCCGCAGACGAGCUGCAGCGCCUGCAGCGGCAGCUGCCGGGCUACAUGUUCGACACCUUGAGCUUCCCGCUGGCGUCCCUGAGCCAGUUCUACAGCAAGCUGGCGCGCGGCCUCAGUCGACGCGCGAACCCCACGGGCCGCUCCGACGAGAACCGCGACGGCGCCGACAUAUGA